UUUUACUAUUCGAAGCUUUUAAUUUUGUUAGAGCUGAGGAUGGAAUGCUGUUGAAUUUAGUUCCGAGCUGAGGCCAUUUCCGAUAUGGCGGAGCGCCGCCGACAAAUCCUUCGGAAUUUCCUCUCGCCGGAAAUAUGCAAGGAAUUGGAGUUCAUACACAAAAGCUGUUGCACAAUUGGAUACAGGCCCAAUGUCUUCUCCACCACUCUCUCUCAUCUUAUCGCCACCAACUCUCCCCACCUCAUCAUGCCCUUCGUCCCCAUCCGAGAGAGAUUGAAGGAGAAAGUGGAGGAAUAUUUUGGAUGUGAGUACGAAUUGUUUGUGGAGUUCACUGGACUCAUUAGCUGGUGCAAGGGAGCUAGCAUUGGAUGGCACAGUGAUGACAACAGAGAUCAUCUCAAACAAAGGGAUUUCUCGGCUGUUUGCUAUUUGAAUAAUUAUGAGGUGGAUUUCCUUGGAGGUCUCUUUCACUUCCAGGAUGGGGAACCCUCUACUAUUGCACCUAUGGCUGGGGACGUUGUAAUCUACACAGCAGAUGAAAGAAAUAUUCACUCUGUUAGUGAGAUUAGUGAAGGAGAAAGAAUUACCCUUGCUUUGUGGUUUAGUCGAGAUGCCUCUCAUGAUGAGGAUGCUAAUCUCCUGAAAUCUCUUUCCAACUUUUCGCUAAGCAGUCCCGUGGGGUCUAUUGCAUCUUGUUUUCCUGUGCUAGCAUCAACUAAUAUGUACUGGUUUCCUCCCGAAGAAGCUUCGAGGUUCCAGAGAGGAUUCAACAUAUGCUCUGCGAGAUUAUGUACUCUUGGGUUCGAUGUUUGUUUCUCCGACAACUCUGACAAAGAAUACCAAUUCACAGCAAGAGAUUCAUGUUCCAUAAAUCUGAAUGUAUUGGAAGAGCCUUUGUAUUUGACAUGUGGAGAUGCAUUAUUAACAAGAGAAUUCGUCAACAUAUUGCAUGCCCUUCAGGUGGUGCAGUUUUACUAUUGGAAGGCAUCAGAGUUCGACACGGAUGAAUCUACCGAUACUGUGUCAGUACCUCUAUCUGAAUUGCAGCGACAGAAGAUUACUCGUCUGAGAGCCGUGCUUGUGAAGGAUCUUCAGCUCGCAGAAACACUAAUUGGACGAAUCAACUUGCAGAAGCCACUCAAGGAGAGGUUCAGGUCCAGGUUUUCUGAUGUAAUUUGUAAGUGGGAAGCUUAUACCUUAAAGCUGCACAAUGAACUUGUUAUGAGCUUACCAUAUUGGGUAGCAAAUCAUUUUAUUUUCUCUGCAGCCAAUUAUGAUUGAAAUAUCACUUUUAUCAGCA